AUGGGCAGGCUCAACAAUAUCUUCGCUGUUUUACCAGGGCCGGUCCUGGGCAUGGUGCUUGUGCAAUUAGAAGACCUUGCCUCUCUUCACAAUCUAUACCGUGCCUCGUCUACGGUCUUCUCCCUGCUCCAUGAAGAAGGCACAGCAUCUCGAAUCAUAGAGGCUAUCAUAGAGCGCUGCUUACCUCGAGAAACCCAGAUCUUAAUUCGUAACUUUGCCUUCUUGCGAUGGAAUACCCAUGCUCCGUCGAGCGUGGAUACUCUCAUUGAACAAUAUGUCAAGAACAGCUCAAACUACGUCCAUGAGUUGCCUCGAGAGCUGCCUCUGUCAAUACUCUGCGACAUUAUGGCUGCAGCCGCAACGGUACGAUACCUGGCUCACACUGCUAUGCAUGAGAUGAUCGAUCGCUGCAGGGAAUUGGAGUUAUUUCGCCUAGAGAACCCUAGAUUGAAAUAUAUUCGCAAUGCACACCGUACAGCAUGGAUUCGGAACUCGGAAUACUUCCCUGUCCCCAAAGCACCUCGAGAGCGAUACCAGCAAGUCGAUGUUGGUCCACCCUCCGCACUUGAGGAACAGAGAGCAAUUCGCGCUCUGUGGCAGCUUUUGAUCGCAUGGGAGUUGCACAGUGCAACUACUAGUCGCUGGCGCUGGCCUCCCAGUGAAGUUGAGCGACUACAAGACCUGAACAUUGAAGUCUGGAAAUACGCUCUGCAGAAUUGGAUCUUAGAGCAAAUUCGGACGAUGGCUGAUUUGCGCAAUGGAACUGCCAAUCUGGCUGUUCCGUUCAUGAAGCGCCUCUUAUUAACAAUGUCCAUGACCGGAGCCCUUCAUUCAUGCAGCAGGGGAUAUUCCUUUGUGCUCACCUCCCUCUCAUCGUGGUACACUUCACCGCUGAGGUAUGUGGAUUUUCGUGUCUUCCGCCGCUUCGGCAUUGCGAUUUGGGACCACCGACGCAUGGAGGGACUGGGCCUUCUGAGUGGUUAUCCAGGAUCCAAUGAAUUCAUGUUUCUGGCUCCACAGUCGGAAGCAGAUCAAUAUGUCCGGUGGAAAAGUUUUCUCAGCGCAGAUGUUUUGGAGGAGGUUGAGCGCAAAAGAAAGCACUACUGGCCAGGCAUAGAAAUUGUUAGCGUGCAACCCGGAAUGGGUUUUCUAGUACCAAAGGAGGACUGUCGUAUAGCUUGA